CUAUUUUUUUAUCUUCAAUACAUACCAAAUUAUAUGACAUAUAAUGCAGUGUUUUAAAGGCGCCUAUGUGAUAUGACUUUAUUUUUAUAAUUCGUAAAUCGUAUUGAUAUAGUAUUGGACACAAUUGUAGUAUUGGAAUAAAUUUAUACCUUUUUUCGUAAUUCACCGUGCUCUAAUUUAAUGUUUUGAUUUAUAUUUCUUCUAAAAUUUAAUAUGGCAAUGAAUAAUAAUUGUGGUGGAGCUGGUGGGGGAGGGCCAGGAAUACAAGGCGGAGCUUAUGACGCUAAAAUAGCUGGAUUAUAUGAUUUACUAGAUACUCUUGGUUCGGGGCAUUUUGCAGUAGUUAAAUUAGCAAGACAUGUUUUCACUGGAGAAAAGGUAGCUGUGAAAGUUAUAGACAAAAGCAAGCUGGAUGAUGUAUCAAAGUCACAUUUAUUUCAAGAGGUCCGCUGUAUGAAAUUGGUGCAGCAUCCUAAUGUUGUUCGAUUAUAUGAAGUAAUAGAUACACAAACAAAAUUAUAUUUAAUAUUAGAAUUAGGAGAUGGAGGAGAUCUCUAUGAUUAUAUUAUGAGACAUGAAUCUGGUUUAUCAGAAUCUCUAGCUCGUGACUACUUCAGACAAAUCGUGCGUGCAAUCUCAUACUGCCACAGGCUACAUGUAGUACAUCGAGACUUAAAACCAGAGAAUGUAGUAUUUUUUGAAAAAUUAGGUGUAGUAAAAUUGACUGACUUUGGAUUUAGCAACAAAUUUUGUCCAGGGCAAAAAUUAGAGACAUCAUGUGGUUCUUUAGCUUACUCAGCACCAGAGAUUUUGCUAGGUGAUUCAUAUGAUGCACCGGCAGUUGAUGUGUGGUCUCUUGGAGUAAUUCUCUAUAUGCUUGUUUGUGGACAGGCGCCAUUUCAAGAAGCUAAUGACAGUGAAACACUGACAAUGAUUAUGGAUUGUAAAUAUACCAUCCCACCUCAUAUAACUAAGUCUUGUAAAAGGUUAAUCGGAAGAAUGUUAGUACGAGAACCAGAGAAACGGGCCACAUUAUCUGAAAUAGCUACAGAUACAUGGGUUACUGCUGGUGAAGGUGUCACUGUAGAAGAUUUUGAUACUCCUCUCGUAGCUAAGGAACAGCUUUCAGAAGAAGAUCGUUCAGCCAUUGUUCAGAGAAUGGUUAAUGGUACUAUAGGUACAAAGGAGCAAAUUAUGGAAGCAUUAGAAAAAAAUGAAUAUAACCAUAUUACUGCUACAUACUUUUUGUUAGCAGAGAGAAAAUUAAGAUCAAAGAGGCAGGAGGCGACGCGGAACGCUCGACGGCCCGAGGCGCUGAGUGUGUCGCGAGCCGGAGGCGGCGGACCAGGCGGACGCGCGCUGCUGGCGCCGCCCGCGCUCGCCGCCGCGCCUCGCACCCCGCAGGACGUGCCGCCGAGAUCUCGCAAGUGCAGUAUUGUUCGCGAGGAAGAGGACGACGAGGAGGCCGGGGUGGCGGCCACGACGGGCCAGCGGGUCAACGACGCUCGGCGCGGAUCACGGUCCGAGGGACGCCUGCAUCUCGCGGCGAGAGAUCGCGUCACACACGCCCACCACGCGCCGCCCGCACACCACGCGCUGCUGCCCGUCCACCCGCAACCCGCACACCACGCGCCGGCGCCCCGCCCCGCUCAGCUCGAAGACAACUUUGUUAAGGUGAACCUCGAAGACGAAAUUACAUCCGACGCUGGCGAAUCGAACGCUAGCGGCGAGAGGGCGACCGCGGUCGACGUGCCCGCUCCGCGCGUACCGCCGCCCGCACCCCCGCCCGCGCGCCGCCAGCGACUCGACUGCCGCCGCCGGCGUCCUCGCGCCGGCUCCUGCUCCUCCUCCGACCUGUCCGACGACGACUCGGAGAAGAAGAAGCGCGCAGCGGAUCGCGCACCCGCGCCCGCCGAGCGGCCACGUCGCGACUCGCACGACGAUUCCAGCGACAGCCAGGACCCGGCCGGCGGCUCGGCCGGCUCCCGCGCGGCCGCACGCGCGCCGCUGGCCACCGCGCCCGCCGCCGCGCCCUCCGCCGGCUCCGGCGGCGCGGCCGGAUCCGGCGCCGCGGGCGGAGACGCGCGGGGCGGGGGCGGCGGUCGUCGCAGGCGCGCCGCCCGCAAGGAGAGCCGCUUGCGCGAGUCCCGCUCGUUGAACCGGAUCGCGGAGGUGGAGGAGGCGGCGGCGGCGCGCUGGGCGGGCGGCGGACUGGUGGCGCUGUGCGGGCGGCCGCUGCUGCGCCUGUUGGCGGCGGCGCGGCCGUCCCCCGCCGCACGCCGCCUGCACGGCCUGUGCUAG